AUGCAUCGAGCUACACACCACGGAUCGACCCCGGUUGAGCCUGACUCCGAUGCCGAGGCCUCAUCAUACCCUGAUUCACUUGACAAUGCCAGUUACACCACAAGUGUCACAUCGAGCGUGCUGGACUAUCAAUAUGAAAACGGUCGCAGAUAUCAUUCAUAUCAUGAAGGAGAAUACAUUUUGGUACAGACCCUAUCAACGAUUACUCUCUGUCUUAGCCUAAUGUCCAAACAGCCAAAUGAUGAACGGGAACAAGACCGUCUUGAUCUGAGCCACCACAUUUACCUAAUGCUCCUCAAAGGAGAAUUGUUCCAAGCACCAAUCAAAAAUCCAAUGCGAGUGCUAGAUCUCGGGACAGGAACAGGCUUAUGGGCAAUCGAAUAUGCAGAUACAAAUCCAGACUGCGAGGUGAUUGGAAUUGACCUAAGUGCUAUUCAGCCAUCAUGGGUGCCUCCAAACUGCCGCUUUGAGAUUGACGACUUUGAACAACCAUGGUCGUACAGCAAACCAUUUGACUAUAUCCAUGGACGCGAAUUGGAAGGUUCCAUCCGUGACCAUGACCUUCUUUUCAAACGGGUACUUGACAACCUGAAUCCCAAUGGAUGGUUUGAGAUAGCGAGCUUCGACGUAAACACUUAUUCGGACGACGGAACUCACCUUGGCGCAACCAACCUUCUCUUAUCCAUCAAGCACAUGCAUGAAUCAUCGCGCAUGUUUGGCAAGGAUAUGACAUCGUCCCCAUCCUGGAAAAGGCGGAUGGAGAAGGCUGGGUUUGUGAAUGUCAAAGAAGAUAUCUACAAGCUGCCCCAGAGUCCAUGGCCCAAAGACCCCAAGCUCAAGGACCUUGGUCGGUACCAUCAGCUCAACAUGCUUGAAGCUAUGCCUAUUUAUACAUAUGCGUUGUUUUCAAGAGUGCUUGGGUGGACACGCUCCGAGAUUGAAGGGCUGUUGGCAGGAAUUCGAAUGGAGCUGCGGGAUACAUCGCAUCACCUAUACACAAAAUUGCGGGUGGUUUACGGCCAGAAACCCGGAGGACCUGUGAGUGCCUAA